UUACUGUGUAAUAUAAGUUAUUAUUUGCACUAUCGUUGUACGACAAAUAUUUUGAGAUGACAGUAUAAUAUUAUUGACAGCAUUACGACCUCAUUUUAUGUUGUACGUCUAAGACCCUAGUCACUUGCAUCAAGUUGAUAACAUCUACGCAGUGCCAUAAUAACUUUAAUCAUCGUUCAGUUGCAUCUAAACACUCUUUGUAUUUUGUCGUAUUUGCAUCAAAUUCAACGUAGCUUUGCAAUCUUAAAAAAAAAACCUAUAACAUGAUUUUGAUUUUCAUCUAAAGGAAGAUUUUUUUUAAAUACUUCUUACCGAUGUUUCAUUAGCAAGUCGUACGAAUUGGUUUUUUCAUUUUUAUUUUCAGUCAAGAUUAAAAUUUAACUUUAGUUCUUUGAAAGUAAUAUAAUUUAGAAUUUAUUCAAAAUACUAAGUAAAUAACAUUAAAAAAUAAAUGACGUAUUUAACAAUCUUGACCCGUGUGACAAUUGACGAUUAUAGCUCCAACGACAUAUUAUAAUAAUGGUUAUAUUUUGUGUGAACAGGCUAACCUUGCUUUAAAAUAUUUUAGUUUUAUUUUGGCUGUUGGAAGUGGCAGGACUAAUAAAGUAUGAACUCCUACGUAGCUCGCAGCUUUCCCCUAGAGGAGGAGUACAAGAAGCGGACUGGUAUCACUCCGCAGGACAUUGCGAGGUUGCGAAAGUGGCUCGCCACGCAGCCGCAUCUGCCACAACACAUCACAGAUCUGGACCUGAUCCUGUCGUUCCACAGCUGCAAGCGCUGCAUGGAGAGCACCAAGAAACUGCUCGACACGCACUACACCAUGAAGACCAACUUCACUGCUUUAUUCAAAAACCGUGUCGUCGAUGAUAAAAUAGAAUUGAUUUUAAAAAGGGUAUUGCUAAAUCCGUUGCCAACGCGUACGAAAGAUGGCGAUGCAAUUUUAUACACACGACUCCUUGACACAGACCCCAAAAAUUACUUAUUCCAGGAAUCCCUAAGGGCAGUAUUAAUGCUGUUAGAGCUGUGGCAAUACGAAGAAGGUACAUGGCCUGGUCUGAUCAUAGUAUACGACUUAAGUGGAUUAAAAUUUGGACAUAUCGUUAAACUUGAAAUGGAGACUGUACGGCAGUUCUUGACAUUUUUGGAUGAAGCGAUAUUUAUCAAAAUAAAAAGCAUACAUAUUCUCAACGCACCAUUCUUCAUUGACUACUUAUUGACGUUGGUGAAAAAGUUUGUACGUAGCGACCUAUUAGAGGUGUUCAACAUACAUCAGGAUGGGCCCAAGAGCAUUAAGAAUGUCAUAGACGUGGCAGCGCUCCCUAAGGAAUCUGGGGGUAGUUACAAAACCUAUGAAGAGUGUAAAGAAGAAACAUUCCUGAAAAUGACAGCGAAUAAAGAAUUUUUCGUCAUGGAGAAUAAAAAACGUGUGAAUGAAUGUUUGAGGCCAGACACCAAAAGGCCCUUAGAUGUACCAAAAAAGCACCCGAAUAAAUACGAAAUUCAAUAAGAAAGUAGAAAGUUUAAAUUUUGUAAUUACUGCUGUGAACAAAAGAUAAAUAACAAGGCUUUCCUGAGGUGAUUCAGAUACGAUUAAAAAUAUAACUGCAUUUGAGAGGUGGUAAUGAGAUAUAUUUAGAAUAAUUGUUCGCCCGUUGUCGAAACGCAGUAGGAAACAAGGUGUAAAACCUGCCAUAUCGGCUCACGUGAGUCGCGUUCCGGAAUCAGCCUGUGUAUAUACGAUUUCGAACAGGCCGAUAUAAUUGUGUCGACUGGUGAUAGGUAAUCAUCUCUCAUGACUCGAAACUACUCUAUUUACCAUGAAGUGGGUCGUUUUGCCGUGCUAAUAUAAAAAAAAUAAGAUUCUGCGGCUAACAUCACACAUUAUAAUAUAUCUCAUCAUCAAUCAUAAGCCCCUCCCCUUUUUACCCUGUUUUAUUCUUUCAUUCAUUUUACAUGCUGUGACUCGUAAUUGAAACAACAUUUAGCUUUUUGUUUGAAAGCUUUUAUCAAUUUAUUUAUUUAUUAGCACUGCCACAUUAUACAUAUAAAAGUCUAUGACAGCUAAAAAAUAAUCAAUCAGGCAUUAAUGUUGUGUGAGUUGUUCGUUUUAAUAAAUUAAAUAAAUUAUUUCGUGUCUUUGGUGUACAAAGAAAUAUGACAGGGAGAGGUAAAUAAUGAAAAUAAAAUUUCGCACAGCGUCGCGGGUGUAGGUAAUGAUAAAGUUACUGUCAAGGUGAGGUUCUUAUUAAUAAUCAAAAAUAAACGAAUUAAAUAUG